AAGAAAAUGCAACACCUCACAACACGUGCCACCGCAGAGGGUGGCUUGGGAACACCCCUCCCUCAUUGCUUGCUUCCUCAACUCCCCUCCCGUCCAGGAUGAUGUCGGAGCCCCUCUGCCUGGUGAGCCCCCUCCUCGGCCUGAACCCCACGGCCCUGGCCCGCCUGAGGGCCCUCCCCGGCCCCCUCCUCCUGCUGGGCGUCUGGGGGCCCCCCGGCACCGGGAAGUCCUUCCUCCUGGACCAGCUGGCGGGACACGGUACAGGCUUUGGCCCCACACCAGGCCUCUGGCUGCGAUGGCUGCCCCACCCGACCCGGCCGGGCACGACGCUGGUCCUGCUGGACUCAGAAGGCCUUCAGGAACAAAGCGAGGCGGGGGGCGGUGAGGACCCCUCCUCGGGGCUCUUCUGCCUCAGCGUCCUGCUCUGCACCGUCUUCGUUUUCAACUCCCGAGGAGCAGAGGAGCCCCAGCAGGAGCUGGACCGGCUCUCUGGCUGCCUUGAGGGCCUGCUCCGCAGGGUCCGCAUCCUGGAGGACUGUCCCCAGGAGAACAUCUCCCUGCUGAGCAGCGUCCUCCCGGAUUUCGUGUGGUGCCUCCGUGACGCGGGCCCCGACCACCUUUGGGAUGAGCUUCUCCAGGCCACCGGCCAUGACAUGGACACCCUGCUCUCCUCCUCGGACUAUUCAGAGGAGUCCCCCGGGCACCGCAUCCAGAUGCUCUUCCCGUCCCAGAAGGCCUUCUGCUUCCGCCUCCCGGACCUCGACAAGAGCGAAAAGGAUCUCUUCCCACCGGAGCAGAUCCACCCUGUUUUCCAGAAGCAGAUGGGAGACUUUCGGGACUACGUUCUGAGCAGAGAGCCCAAGGCGGGCAUCAGCGGGGAAGUCUUGUGCUCCAGGCUGCAACGCUUCGUGGGCGCUUUGUCCCGGGACCGGGCCAUCCUUCUGAAUGAAACCUUCCAAAGUUGGGAAGCAGAAGCACCAGAAUCCUGCUGGGAAGAGGAAGCGGAGGAGCGUUUCCUGGCCCCCGAGGUCCCCAGGGAAGUCCCAGUGGAGGAAGAGGUCCCCAGGGGCUCCGAGGCCCACAUCUGGGGGGCCCAGGAAGAGGAAUGGCGGGAGGAAGAAGGAGAAGGAAACAGGUGGAGGGACCCCUGUCCAGGCCAGGCUACAGAAGAGCUGGACGUCCAGCCCCCGCUGGUUCCAAGGGCGGCCUUCCCAGCCAUGGAGGCCCCGAUGUGCCUGAUAGAGAACAGCCCCGGGCAGCCGCUCCGGAUCAACGCACAGGCCCUGGGCAUCCUGCAGCGCAUCCAUCUGCCGGUGGUGGUGGUGGCCAUCGUGGGACUCUGCCGGACGGGGAAGUCCUACCUGAUGAACCGCUUGGCCGGGAGGGGCACCAGAGGCUUCUCUCUGGGGGCCACGGUGCAGGCCAACACCAAGGGCAUCUGGAUGUGGUGCCUCCCCCACCCGCUGAGGGCUGACCAGGCGCUGGUGCUGCUGGACACGGAGGGCCUGGGGGACGUGGAGAAGAGCAACACCGAGAACGACUCCUGGAUCUUCGCCCUCUCCGUCCUACUGAGCAGCACCUUUGUCUACAACAGCAUGGGCACCAUCAACCACUAUGCACUGGAGCAGAUGCACUUUGUGACAGAAUUAUCACGGCACAUCAAGAUGAAGGCCUCGGACAGGGAGAGCCACGACCUGGCCAGCGCCUUCCCCGCCUUUGUUUGGACCGUGCGUGACUUCACUCUGCAGCUGUGCCUGGAGGACGGGACCCCCAUCACGGAGGACCAGUACCUGGAGCGGGCACUGGAGAGGAGGGCAGAGGCCCCUGAGAGCCAGGACCUGCCCAAGCGGUGCAUCCGGGAGCUUUUCCUCAGCCGCAAGUGCUUUGUCUUUGACCGGCCGGCUUUGCGGCAGGACCUGCAGCGCCUGGAGGAUCUCCCCGAGUCGCAGCUGAGCCAGGAGUUCCUGGAGCAGGCGCACCGCUUCUGCCGCCACAUUCAGGAGAACGCCAGGGCCAAGGCCGUCCAGGGGGGGCGCCUGGUGAAUGGGACAUUGCUGGCGUCCCUGGCGGAGAGCUACGUGGGAGCCAUUCGCAACAAGGAGGUGCCCUGCAUCGAGAACGCGGUCCUGGCCCUGGCACAGUUGGAGAACGUGGCCGCUGUGCGCGAGGCGGUGCAGCGGUACGACGAGAUGGAGGAGCUGAUGCGCCCGAUGCUGCCCACAGAGGAUGUGGCGAGUCUGCUGGUGGCCCAUAGCUGUUGCGAGGAGGAGGCCCUCCGGGUCUUCAUGGGCCGGGCCUUCAGGGAUGAGGGCCAGCACUUUCAGAAGCAGCUGGCGGAUCAGCUGCAGGGGAAGCUAGGGGAGCUCUGCCGGCGGAACGAGGGGGCCUCUCUGGACCGCUGCCAGGCCAUCCUGAUGGAGCUGUACCAGGAGGUGGAGGACAACGUUGUGCGCGGGCACUACCUGCAGCCGGGGGGCUACCAGCGAUUCCUGAGUGACCGGCAGAGCGUGGUGGAGUGGUUCCACCAGGCGGAGGACAAGGGGCUCAUGGCUGCCAAGGCCCUGCAGGACUUCCUGGCCUCCAAGGAGGAGACAGCGCAGUCCAUCCUGCAGGCGGAUCAGACCCUCCAGGAGAAAGAGAAGGAGCUGGAAGUGGAGAAGGCCCGGGCGGAGGCCGCGCAGAGGGAGGCGCAGCUGCAGAGGGAGAUGCAAGAACGGGCCGAGCAAAUGGCCCGGGAGAAGGAGAGGAGCUUUGAGGAGCACAAGAAGCAGCUGAUGGCCAAGAUGGAGCAGGAGAGGAGGACCCUCCUGGCCGAGCAGGAGCGGCUGCUGCACCAGAGGCUCCAGGAGCAGACCCGCCUCCAGCAGGAGGGCUUCCACAGGGAGGUCUCCCGAAUGCAGGGUGAGAUCCAAGGCCUGAGGCACCAGAUCCAGGAUCUGAGGAGCUGUAGCGGCGGAGGCGGGAUCUGCACCAUCUUGUGAGGAUCCAUCCAGGGCAGCCAGCUGACCGCCUUGGCCUCGCUCCAGGCUCCUCUCGGACUUGGUGCCAACUUCUCUUUUAAGCCGCUGCUUUUAACGGUGCCAACCAAGUAUUGUGCCAAGUAUUUAUUAUAUUGCUUGAAAGGCUUGUCGUCAUGGUAAACUGCUUCAAAGCCGGAGGAUCUUGCGCAAUUUCUGGCUCAAAGGGACCGGCAUGAAACCCGGUGGGAGACUGGGGCGAGUCACACCCUCUCAGCCUCAGAGGAAGAUCAAGCAAGGCAGCCUCCCUCCCCUUCCAAGAAGGACCAGGCACAACAACCACCAUCCUCUCCCACUGUUUCAGUGGGACUUGCCUUGAGGGGGGAGCUUCGGAGAGAAGCACAGCCGGGGAUCCGUGACGCAACCAGACCCAGAACCGAAAUGGGAUGUGUGUGAGGCACCUGUGUCCGGAGGCUGCCCAUAAAAGGUCAUUUAUGAGGCUGAGGAGGUCCUCGUCCCUUUCUCCCUGAGCCAGCCCUGACCACUCUGGGGUUUCCCAGCCCCUCCUUCACCUGGACUUCCCCAAAAACCCUGUGGGAAAACACCUCGGCAACAAGCCGAGCAUUACCUGGAACCAGAUCCUCCCCAUGAAACAGCAUCACAGGGUUGACAUUAAUAGACUCGGCACACAUUGAUAUUUACUCAAAAUAAUAAUAAUAAUAAUAAUAAUAAUAAUAAUAAUAAUCUUUAUUUAUACCCCGCCACCAUCUCCCCAAUGGGGACUCGGAGCGGCUUACAUGGGGCCAAGCCCAGGACAACAUGUUACAGCAAAAUAAAAUCAAAACAUAAACAACAAGCAACAUAAUCAAAAUUACAUAGAAGAAGAAAAAAAGU